GUGGUAUUGGAGCGCGAGGCGGCGUUAUCAGCGGGACGUUGAGGGUGGAAGCGGCGACGGGGGUCCGUCAGUACUGCGCUCCGUCCCAGUCAGCUCACAGCUCCAGCAGCACACGGUGCCCGUCCACCACGCCCCUCACCCUGGUGUAGUAACUAACUCAAGAUGUCUUGGAACACAUACGUAGAGAACCUGGAGAACACCAGUGGUGUGACGAAGGCCGCCAUCUAUGGUCUGGACGGCUCACCAUGGGCUGCUUCACAAGGCUGGACCGCCACCCCUAAGCAAAUUCAAGACAUAGUGAAGGCCUUUGCAGACCCAUCAAGUCUCAGAGCAAGUGGUAUAUGGCUGGGAGAAGACAAGUAUUUCUUCUUGAGCAGCGACAGUGAAGUGAUGAGAGGGAAGAAGGGCCAAAAUGGAGUUCACAUCUGUAAGACCAAAUCUGCCAUCAUCAUUGGAUAUUACGAGGACCCCAUUCAACCAGGACAGUGUGCCAAGGAGGUGGAGAAUGUAGCAGAGUACCUGAAGGGCCAGAAUUACUGAGUCCCCCUAGAAAGCCUAUAUAGAUUAGAUUAAAAACUUCACAGCAUCAUAAUUAUGUCUACAAAGAAGAUUUGGCAUGACAUGACAGAUGCUCUAUCUCAUCCCUUCUGGAUUCUACAGCCCUGUUUCUAUAUGAAAAUCAUGGCGCCAAUCUUAUUUUUAUACAUGAAAAUCAUGGUUCUUAACCAUUAUUAAAAAAAAACUGGUUCUCUAUCAAAUUUGUCUGUCCAAACGUGUAAACUACGAUGUCACAAUACUGAUCUUUUAAUAUAAAAGCCAUGGCUCUAUAUAAGUUUCUUUCAAUGAGAAGUCCAUUGUUCUAUACCUUUGUGAAAACAGAUACUGUAUAAAAUUAUAGUUUAACAACCUGUUUUCUGUUAAAUAAACGAUCCUAUUAAUUAAAGCAAUCAUACAAUUGGGAUAAUGAUGAUAUAUAAUUAUAAUUUGUAAACUUAAUUUGAUACAUAUAAUACAUUAAAAAGUCCUUUAU